AUGUCAAAAGAUAACGAAGAAUAUUCAAAUAUUUCAAGUGAUAAAUGCCAAUACAACACACACGGUUUAAACUCCAAGGAACCGGGCAGUGUAUCGGGAAAUCAAGUCAGCGAUGCCGACAAUGACCCCUUGGACCUGUCAAAGGAUUGCGAAAGGUGCCUGUACAUAACGAGCAACUCAAAGAAGCUCGACUCAGCCUUUACGAUGAACCUGAAGCACACGAAUACCUGUAAAAAACUGGAAAGCACGCACCUGGAUUCAAUAAAGCUCUCGAAGCAUGAUUUGGAAGUCCUGAAGGACGAAAUGUUCGACUCGAUUGCGAAUACGCAAUUGCAGCAAAUCAUCUCAAACUCAGCAAGCAACGCGAGUAACCCUAGGAGCGUAGAGCCUGAGAAUAGUAAGUCGGCGAAUGCUAGUGACGCGCAGAGCAGUUUGGUUGAAAAGGAAGGGCCAGCAUCAACCCUAAGUUCAAUACCAGAUCAACCGAGUUCAGAACAGAAUCUUAAGAAGUUUGACAAGUAUCUAGAUCAGAACAUAAGUAACCCGAACCUGAGGCAGGGGCACGAAGACAACGAGGUCUGGAAGCACACAAUCAAGAGAAUAGAGCCGUUCCUGGACGUGUACUCGCUGCUGAUGCUGCGACAGACGUGCAAGACGCUCUACUACCACAAGUAUAAGCUCAGGUCGCACGCGACGCUCUCGUUCAGAGGCUUCGCAGGCUUCGACUCGAAGUGGAUAUUUGAAACGAUACUGCCGCUGGUGCACCACGUGCUGGACCUGCCGGACAACUGCAAGAUCAGGUUCGACUUCACGGGCUGCAUCCUGCUGAAGGACAUAUGCACAGUGUACCUGCUGAAAAGUAACAUGAUCACCAACAACUUUGAGUCGAGGCAGUACGCGAGGAACGUGAGAGAGCUGGUCUUCGACUUCUGCCACCAGAUCACGGACAAGAGCCUGGAGGUGAUGCUGGCGACGAAGAUGCCGAACCUGCAGAGACUGAGCCUGACGUGCUGCAGAAACGAAAACUUCACAGGCCUGCCCUUCGUGAGAGGACUGAGCAGGUCAAACUGGCCGAAGUUCAACAAGUUCAGGUGCACCUUCUCGAACAUAUUCCUGGAGCCGCUGCAGACUAUAGCAGACUUCAUAUACCGCUCGAUGCACACGAGUGACACGCUAAAGACGCUGACGAACUACACGAGUCUGAACAGCCUGAGCACCGGCAACUACAGCGACGUAUCGAGGCCGUCGUCAAUAAACAACGCAACCCUGACGUUCAAGGAGGAGGUGAAGAAGGACAGAAACGACUCAGAGGAAAUUGAGUUUGAGAUCUGCGGCUCAUGGGGAAGCAGACGCCUGCUGGACAAGCUGGGAUUCGGAAUCUACUGCACGACAUUCACGAACGCACUGAAGAGCAACAACUACAACAUGUGCUCGAAGCUGACGAAGAAGCUGCAGGCGCAGCUGAGCAGCCUGAGCGAACAGGCGAACAUGAAGGACAACAGCUGCCUGGCGCUGACGAAAAACAGAGGAAGUGAGCUGCUGGUAAACUGCCCGAUCACAGUGAAGGACCGAAGCCACAACAACGUGGGAAUAUGGACGCUGCCAAUACUGCUAGUGAUACACCAGCAGAACAUGGACAUGUUCAUGCUGCUGAUCAAAAGAGGAGCGCGUCUGAACGUGUGGGACAGCCUGAACAAGUCGCCGCUGCUGAUCGCGUGCGAGCUGGGCUUCAACAACUUCGUGGAAAAAAUAGUUAAGUUCACAAUGCCGCCAAUACCAUACGACAACAGCAGACACAUACCGCUUAUCGUGGCAAUAUCGAACUCGAACGUGCCGCUGGUGAAGCUGCUGCUUAAGGAGAACUUCGACAUCAACUACAGGUGCCCGAGCAUCAAGCACUACAAGUCGCCGCUCUACGUGGCCUGCGAGCACUACAACCUGCCGAUCAUUAAGCUGCUGCUGGAGAAGGGCGCGGACCCGAACUGGAAGUACAAGCACAGGUCGACGCCGACGCUGCUGGGCUACCAGCAGGACCCGAAGCCGCUCAUCGCAGUCUGCAAGCUGAACAAGAUCAAGAUCGUGGAAAUGCUGCUGAGCAAGAGAGUGGACUUGAACACCUUCGACUCCUUCGGAACGACGCCGCUCCACGCCGCGUGCGAGGAGGCGAACCUGGAGAUCGCGAGCCUGCUGCUGGAGCACGACGCACAGCUGGACGCGCAGGACGUCUUCGGAAGGACGCCGCUGCACAUGGCGAUCCUGGAGAAUAAGCCGCAGGUGGUGGCGCUGCUGCUGGAGCGGGGAGCGCGCCUGGACCUGAAGGAGUACUCCUGCGGAGAGACGCCGCUCAUGACGGCAAUCAGGACGAGGAACGAGCAGAUCGCGACGCUGAUCGUGAAGAGCAGGAAGGUUGACCCUUCCACAGUGGACUACCACGGCAAGAACCUCAACUACUACCUCCAGUUCUACAAGAUGAAUAAACUUGAAGUUUAUCUGACCCCAACCAGUGUUUAA